CCUGAAAAGGAGCUUCCGGAGAACACAAGAUAUAACUAUCAUGUCUCACGAGUUCGUGUUCGCUCGGAGCACUGUGUUGGUUUCAUCAAGUGUCGCUGGGCAUCCCUCAAAGGACUUCGAGUUGCAGUAGACUCAACGAAGGGCCUCAAAUAUGCAGCGCUAUGGGUCACAUCCUGCAUUCAUCUCCACUGCUUUGCAUUGCGACAUGAGGAUACGGGUACACUGGACAGCAAUCGCUUCUACCGAGAAGGUCGUCGCUACGCCAAGAAGGUUCGAAGGUUCGAACGUCACUGGCGCCACCACCGACGUCAGGAGACUUCACGCACAGAGCAGGAACUGGAUGAGGAUGAUGAUAUUGAGCUUCUAGAGGGCAGGUACAAGCGGGCACAGUUGAAGGAAGCGUUAUUCAGCCAC